GAAAGAAAAAAAAAGAAGAAAGGAAGAAAAGAAACAUACGAGCCGGGGCAUGAAUCGAGUGUUUCCCUCUCUUCAUUUUUGACACAGUUCACCACAUUUCAUCCACUUGGAAACUCCGGGUUUAUCCCUUUACGUCUGGGCGUACUUACCAGUUUUUUCAUGACAGAAGAGUAAGGUGAGGGACGGGGUCACAGCUCCAUAAAUACUUGGUGUGGGACUCUGGAUGGACUUUGGGGGAGUAAAUAUUGCCGAAGGAACUUCGCACGCUGGAGAGGAGCGACGAUUUCUUGUUAGAUAGACGCUUAAAAAAAGAGGGGGGGAAAAAGCCAAGUAUCUUCCGUGAAAGUUUUGGGGCAAAUAAUAUGGCAAGUUUAUGAUUCCGUAUUUGCAGACUUUUAAAUAUAUAUUCUUCUCACACUGUGCUAUGUAGUUCACCUUACCAUCUUGGAGUGAGCUAUUUGUCGAGAUGACAGCGCUUACACCUUUGAACCGUGCAGUUCUUGGACUUGCGUGGAGCUGUUUGAGUUUUCUCUCCUGCGCUCAUUGCAGUUUAAGUGACAACCAUGUGCACUCCAGUUUUAUUUACAGGAGAUUGCGUAAUCACGAACGCAGGGAAAUCCAGAGAGAGAUCCUCUCCAUCCUGGGCUUGCCUCACCGUCCGAGGCCCUUCUCUCCCGGGAAGCAGGCGUCCUCCGCGCCGCUGUUCAUGCUCGACCUCUACAACGCCAUGGCCGUGGAGGAGGAGGAGGGGUUGCGCCAGGGCGCAGGGAAAAGCUUUAGUGCCAAGGCUCAGGGGCACUCCAGGAAAAGUUACUACAACCCCCAGCACACCGGGUACUCUCGUGUGGCGCAGCCUUACCGAGCGGCCCCCCUGUUAGGCUACAGUCCAGCACUCACCACGGCGCAGGACACCAACUUUCUCAAUGAUGCAGAUAUGGUCAUGAGUUUUGUCAAUGUAGUGGAGAAAGAUAAAGACUUUUCUCACCAAAGAAGACACUACAAGCAGUUCCGUUUUGAUCUGACUCAGAUCCCAGAUGGAGAGGCAGUGACUGCAGCAGAGUUUCGGAUCUAUAAGGACCGCAGCCAUGGCCGCUACGACAAUAUCACCCUCAAGGUCAUAAUAUAUCAGGUCAUCAAGGAAUAUCAAAACAAAGAUGCAGAGACUUUCUUGCUUGACUCCAAAAAGGUCCAGGCAUCUGAUGGAGGCUGGCUAGUGUUUGACAUAACAGCCACCAGUAACCACUGGGUGAUGAACCCUCAGCAGAACUUGGGCCUGCAGCUCUGCGUGGAAACUGUUGAUGGCCGAAGCAUCAACAUAAAAUCUGCUGGAAUCAUCGGAAGGAAUGGGCCUCAGUCCAAGCAGCCAUUCCUGGUUGCUUUCUUUAAGGCCAGUGGGGUAUUGCUUCGCUCUGUCAGAGCUGCUGGUGGGAAAAAAAAGAACCACAAUCGCAAUAAAUCUAGUAAUCAACAAGAAUCAUCAAGACCACCAAAAACUGGAGAUUAUAACACCAGUGAACAGAAGCAAGCCUGCAAGAAGCAUGAGCUUUAUGUCAGCUUUCGAGACUUGGGCUGGCAGGAUUGGAUCAUUGCACCAGAGGGUUACGCUGCUUUUUACUGUGACGGUGAAUGCUCGUUUCCACUCAAUGCACACAUGAACGCAACAAAUCAUGCAAUUGUGCAAACGCUGGUCCAUUUAAUGUUUCCUGACAAUGUGCCAAAGCCAUGCUGUGCCCCAACCAAGCUGAAUGCAAUAUCAGUGCUUUACUUUGAUGACAGUUCAAAUGUUAUUCUGAAAAAAUAUAGAAAUAUGGUAGUCAGAUCUUGUGGGUGCCAUUAGUUGGGAAGCAGUUUAAUUUAUGCAUUCUGAUAUGGGAAUUGCUGGAAAACACAUCUGUGCCAGGUGUGAAGUGAUGUACAGUAUUAUGUAUAUAACAUUUUAAUCCUUAAUUUAUUUUACAUUUUUGAAAUAGCACUGAAUAUUGUGGUAUUUAAGCAUUAGGACAUACUGUUGACUUUACUUUAUAUCAGUUAUCAUUUUACUUCUGUGUCCAUUGGCAUAUACUCUUAUAUAAGACAGCUUUGUAUUAGUAAACUGUCCACUGGAGUCAAAAUAAUUGCUUUUCCUUUUGUAAAAAUAGUGCUGUAAAUACUUAAUUAUACUUGGUGUUGAGUAUAUAACAGGCUUUACUACUUUGCUAUAUAUUGUGGUAGUUAAUUCCCAUAUAUAUGCCAAACACAUAGUGGAAUAAUUUCAUAAAAUACAGGACCUCGAGUUAAUUUCAUACAUAAGGAAGACUUUAGGGUGAUGAUAUUAGCACAAUUUGAACAAGAUGUUGGAAAUAUUUUAACUCAAAUUGAAUCACUGGAAUGAACAAAAGCAAGAGAUGUGUGUGUUCUCUGUUAUAAAACCAAACACCCCAAAGCCAUUUUCAAGCUGUUUCCAUCUUUUGGUGUUGAUACGAUUCAGCCUUUUACACGCCAGCUCUUCUUCGUUUUUUUUUUUUUUUAAUGAAGUAAUGGAUUGUGUGUUUGUCAUUUUGUGAUAAAAUAUGUAUAAUGUUGAGUGUUCAUUUAUGAAAGCCUUAGAUAUGAUGUCAUUUUUAGCAAUGUUUGUAUAACUGUUUCUCCUUGUCGUAACUGCAAACAUCUUUGUUCCACUUUAAUUCUAUCUUAUGUUUGGAAAGCAUAUCCUCAUAUAGUGUGUUUUGUAUUUCAAUAAAUGUACCACU